AGUAGCUGACUAGGUGAACUGGUGCAGGUCGCGGUUUACCUGGACCGUAGUAUUCUGGGGUAGACAUGGGAUGUUAGCGUUGACUGUGUUUUAGAAGAAAACCACGGACCAAGCCUCGUAGAAACCACGGUUGUUCAUUGCACCGGUCUAAGAAAAGAGCCCGGCGAGAUGAUGCGUUUCAUGCUGCUGUUCAGCCGUCAGGGGAAGCUGCGGCUGCAGAAGUGGUACACAGCCACUGCAGAGCGGGACAAGAAGAAGAUGGUCAGGGAACUGAUGCAGGUGGUGUUGGCCCGCAAACCUAAAAUGUGCAGUUUCCUGGAGUGGCGAGACCUCAAGAUUGUUUAUAAAAGGUAUGCCAGCCUGUAUUUCUGCUGUGCAAUCGAGGAGCAGGACAAUGAACUCAUCACCCUGGAAGUCAUCCAUCGCUUUGUUGAACUGCUGGAUAAAUACUUUGGCAGUGUGUGUGAGUUGGACAUAAUCUUUAACUUUGAGAAGGCAUACUUCAUCCUUGACGAGUUCCUAAUGGGGGGAGAGAUCCAGGACACCUCUAAGAAAAGUGUCCUCAAAGCAAUUGAACAAGCUGACCUACUACAGGAGGAAGAUGAGUCACCCAGGAGUGUCCUGGAAGAGAUGGGGCUGGCAUAGUACCUACACCACAAGCUGACACCACCUAAACCUCAUAACAGAUUAAAAAAUACAGAAACUAUGGGUAUCAGUGUACAGUACUGGAAGUCAAGGGGGAGGGAAUGGGGUUUGUGUUGGGAAAGACUUGUAUAAAGAUAAACCAUUUUGGUUGAACCUCUAUGUAGGUAUGAUUUAUGGUACUGCCCUACAGGUUGGAUUGGGGAACAGACAUAAUUAGAAAUCAAGGACUGCGUCUACUCAAUGUAGUGUGUGUGUGUGUGUGUGUGUGUGCGUGUGCGUGUGUACAUGAACAGCAUGUAAUACAGGUGUAUAGGAUGUGAUGGAGUUGUAGAGCCUCAUUAUGAGCCAGUGGGUUGUAGAGGGGCAUUCUAUCAGAGAGAAGGAUGUGGGGUGUAAGUAUGGGUUACAGUAUGACUUUAAGGAGUAUAGUAGAAUUCUAAGACUUAAUAAGACUACGAUAACAAGGAGAACAUCUGAGUUUGCCUUCAAUUUCAACCUGCACCGUAUAUUUACACCUCUUGGCACUGGUAUACAGGGUUGAGAGUUUUAUGUGUUUUGUUUUUUUUGGGUGGUGGGAAUUGGGGUGAUUUUAUAGGGGCAGUUGGGGUACAGUGGUAUUUAGGGUCAAGCAAUGCUCUUUAAGUGACUUUAACUAACAUAAGGACCUUGGAUGUAGACAUUUGAGUUGUAAUUAGGCUACUGAAUUUCAAUACAAACUAUUGGUACAGAUGCAGAGGAUGUACUGGGGAGUAGAAUCCUUGGAUGGACACGAUAUGUGUGAUGAGAUGAGUGAUGAGAUGAGUGAUGAGAUGAGUGAUGAGAUGAGUGAUGAGAUGUGUGAUGAGAUGUGUGUUGAGAUGUGUGAUGAGACGUGUGAUGAGACGUGUGAUGAGAUGAGUGAUGAGAUUAUUGAUGAGAUGUGAGGAGAUUAGUGAUGAGAUGAGUGAUAAGACGUGUGAUGCGAUGAGUGACGAGAUGAGUGACGAGACGAGUGAUGAGACGAGUGAUGAGACGCGAUGAGAUGUGUGAGGAGAUUAGUGAUGGGAUGUGUGAUGAGAUGAGUGAUGAACGUGAUGAGAUGAGUGAUGAGAUGUGAGAUGAGACAAGUGAUGAGAUGAGUGAUUAGAUGAGAUGUAUGAUGAGACUUCCAUUCCAUUUGUGAUGUGAUGUGUGAUGAGAUGUGUGAUGAGAUGAGUGAUGACACGUGAUGAGAUGAUUGAUGAGAUGAGUGAUGAGACGUGAUGAGUGAUUAGACGUGUGAUGAGACAUGAUGAGACGAGUGAUGAGAUGUGUGAUGAGAUGAGUGAUGAGAUGUGUGAUGAGACGUGCGAUGUGAUGUGUGAUGAGAUGAGGUUGGGGGAUUUGAAUCUUGGGGAGCAAUGAAAAAAGGUCCAAUUAUUCGACUGUAGUACUACAGAAUAUGCAGAUGUGACACGACUUGUGUAAACACAAUAUGAUGGCAAUAGAUGAUAUCGGCAUUGUUGGGUUGAUUGGCUGUUAGAAAAAUAAGAGCUUUUCAUAAGAAUUUUCAGAUUUGCUUCAUAGCUGAAUUCAGUGUGGGCCAGUCAUAUAAACUGUAAUUAAACUUAUCAAGCUGUGAGUGCUACGUCUUUGGCCCUCUUUCUAUUUCACAUAUGCUGUUCUAAGGGCACAUUAUCAUGUGAGAGAAAAAAAUAUAAUUAAAUCUCAUUAUUGUAUUAUUAGCUAACUUUUUUUUAUUUUUCCCCCUUUUUCCCCUAAUUGCACUUGGCCAAUUAUCCCACUCUCUGAGCCGUCCCGGUCGCUGCUCCACCCCCUCUGCUAAACCGGGGAGGGCUGCGGACUACCACAUGCCUCCUCCAAUACAUGUGGAGUCACCAGCCACUUCUUUUCACCUGAUGGUGAGGAGUUUCACCAGGGGGACGUAGCGCGUGGGAGGAUCACGCUAUUCCCACCAGUUCCCCCUCCCCCCUGAACAGGUGCCCCGGCCGACCAGAGGAGGUGCUAGUGCAGCAACCAGGACACAUAGCCACAUCUGACUCCCUACUCGCAGACACAGCCAAUUGUGCCUGUAGGGAUGUCCAACCAAGCCAGAGGUAACACGGGGAUUUGAACCAGUGAUCCCCGUAUUGGUUGGCAACGGAGUAGACUGCCACAAUACCCAGACGCCCCAUUAAUUAUUUUUUAAUUUAAUGACUUCACUCUUGUACUGGAUCAAGCUUAAAUGGCCUCAGUAGCACAACAGACUACUUUAAUGUUAUUCAUGGGGAGAAAAUUCAAGGUGGUCCCAUGUAUUUGAAAUACUCUGAAGAUUUAAGUUAGCUAAUAAGAGCAGCCUCACAAGUAGGGACAUCAUUUACAAAUAAAAGCAAACCACAUGUGUUUCAUGCAUCCAUCAAUACACUCUAAGGGGUGUCUUGUUACUGGUUAUUGUGAAUGAAAGUUUCUUAUCUUGGGUGAAUUACCUGCCAGGGAAGCUGGAAAAAGUGAAUGCUGAAAUGCUGUAUCACAUGCUUGCUCUGCAGCUAAUGCUUCCAUCCAGCGGCGGCUGGUGCUACCAA